GUCAGUCAGUCAGUCAGCGCGUCCGUCGUCGUCAGUUAGUUAGUCCGGCCGACUCAGUCGGUUAGUGUAGCACUUUGGAGUGGUCUGGAAUCACAGUCGACGCGCGCAUUUCACCGUUCGGACUGUCAUCGUCAUCGGCAUGCAUAUUCAUUGGACCGCUCUCUAAGUGUCGGUGUUUGCCAUUUUUUUCGUUUCUUCCUACCUUUAUCGCUUGAGCUAGCACCUGUUGAAGAAACCAGCAACGACUGGUUCAUAUAGCAAAUGCCGGUGUUUCAUCCGAACAGCUGAUCAGCGACGUCAAUUUGCGGUCGAACUAUCCCCGGGGACCACGGAAAAACCGAUCGGAUAAUUGCUCCACUGGCUGUUUGGUGUCAGGCCCGUCAGAGUGGUGAGAGGGUAUUCAGUUCUGCGGUGUAAAUUACAUUUACUUGAUGCAUAAUUACUGUUCGGGCUCGAUUCUAAUUGUGAUUGUAAUCAGUGUACUUAGAAGUGCCGUAAAGUCUGACAGCCGUGCGCAUACAUACAUGAGUGGAGCUGUCGCUGUCGUUCGGUCGGGUGUUCCGCAAAAGUUGCUGUUUUGAGUUUUAUUGUUCCGCGCAGAGCAAGGAAGUGCUGUGGAGUGACCAAGGUUUAGCUACCGCUGAGGAAAAUCCAGUACGGUGGAGGUUUUCCGCGACGAUCAGAAGUUUUGCGCUCGUCCGGUUUUGAAUGGUUCCAGCUGAGAAGAGUUUGUUCUCCGUGUGCUUUGCUCUAUAGGAGUGAGGGAAAUUGUUGUGUCGCUGACUAUGCGUGAUUACUAGUGAAACGAUCCUCGUAGUGUCCAGCAGUGUUUAGUUUAUAUUAUUUGUAAGGUGUUACGUGCAGUAAAAAGUCAAUCGUCAAAAUGUACAACGGCACGAGUCAUGGUGAAAUGGACCGACUAACGGUCCCAACGAAGAUAAUACCCACGAGUCAACCACUGGCGGCAAAGGAUCUGAAUCUGGAUGAGGAUGACCAUGGGCUGGGUUACACUCACACGCUGAUGUAUGGCCGCUACACCAAAGAUUUAGGAGAAUACGCCAAAGAUGAAGCGCGAAGACUCAGGCUUCUUGAACGAAGAAGAAAAAAAGACGAUAAAUCAAGAAACAAGGAACUGUUGGGAGUGCGUGAUAACAGAUUUUUCAAGGCCGGCUCAUGGUUCUGGCGGAAUACAUUCGCCAGGCUGGGCGAAGACUGGGUGUUUCUGGCCCUACUCGGUAUCAUCAUGGCGUUACUGUCCUACGUUAUGGAUAAGGGUAUCUCGAUGUGCACGAACUCUCGAGUAUGGCUCUACAGAGAUCUCACCAACCAUCCGGUGGCGCAGUAUUUGGCCUGGGUCUCCCUGCCGGUGAUCCUUAUACUCUUCUCCGCCGGUUUCGUUCAUCUGGUGGCACCGCAAAGUAUAGGCUCCGGGAUUCCGGAAAUGAAAACCAUUCUUCGGGGUGUUGCGCUGAAAGAAUAUCUCACCUUCAAGACACUCGUUGCCAAAGUGAUAGGCCUGACGGCAACCCUGGGAUCCGGUAUGCCACUGGGCAAGGAAGGCCCAUUUGUACAUAUAGCUAGUAUAGUAGCUCAGUUAUUAAGUAAAAUCAUAACAUCAUUCCAAUCGAUCUACGAGAAUGAAUCCCGCAACACAGAGAUGUUGGCGGCGGCGUGUGCCGUAGGUGUGGGAGCCUGCUUCGCGGCACCGGUCGGUGGUGUACUGUUCAGUAUCGAAGUCACCACGACCUACUUCGCGGUGCGAAACUAUUGGCGAGGAUUCUUCGCAGCAGUCUGCGGUGCCACCGUUUUCCGGCUGCUGGCGGUGUGGUUCCAAAAAGCGGACACCGUGACGGCCCUGUUCGCCACCAACUUCACUGCUGACUUCCCGUUCGAUCCGCAGGAGCUGUUCGUCUUUGCACUGAUUGGUCUCGUCAGCGGCCUUGGUGGUGCGCUAUACGUGUGGGUUCACCGCAAGUACGUGUUCUUCAUGCGAUCCAACAAAGGGAUGAACAAAUUUCUCCAAAAGAAUCGUUUCCUGUAUCCCGGAAUACUGGCACUCAUCGUAGCAACACUUUCAUUCCCUCUUGGUUUCGGCCAAUACAUUGCCGGUGAACUGAGCACCCACGAACAGGUGCUACAGCUGUUCUCAAAUUUCACCUGGAGCAAACACGAACUCACCGUAGAACAAGCGGCCAUCGUUUCCAACUGGCGGACUGCCUACACGGACGUUUUUGUCAAUUUGUUCAUUUAUUUGUUAUACACAUUCUUUUUUUCCAUCAUCACGUCAACCAUUCCGGUUCCAUCUGGUAUCUUCAUUCCUGUGUUCAAAAUUGGCGCGGCCCUAGGACGUCUAGUCGGCGAAGCGAUGCACCUAUGGUUCCCCUACGGAGUUCGCUAUGGUGGAAAGCUGGCACCGAUUAUUCCCGGUGGUUACUCCGUAGUGGGAGCCGCUGCAUUCUCCGGUGCCGUCACUCACACCGUAUCGGUGGGAGUAAUCGUAUUCGAGAUGACCGGGCAAAUAACGCACAUUGUACCGGUGAUGAUCGCUUCGCUGGUUUCGAAUGCGGUGGCAGCACUGUUACAACCGUCCAUGUACGAUAGCAUUAUCCUAAUUAAGAAGCUGCCCUACCUGCCGGAUCUACUGCCCAGCGGGUCGGGAAUGUACAAUAUCUACGUCGAGGACUUCAUGGUGCACGAUGUCAAGUACAUUUGGAAGGGAAUCUCGUACCAGAAGCUGAAAGAAAUUUUAAAAGCGAAUAAGGCUUUACGGAGCUUACCCAUCGUAGAUAGCCCCGAUAACAAAGUACUCCUCGGAAGCGUGCAACGCUAUGAACUGAUUAAAAUGAUCGACAAACACAUUGGUCGUGAAAAACGACUAGAAGUAGCAGCCAAGUGGAUGAAAGAAGCAGAGGAAAAGGUACGAGAGGAGCAGGAGCGACUACAACGAGAAGCAGAAGAAUUGCAGAAAACACGCCGUCCAUCGCGCUUUGAAGUAAGCCCGGCUCCAGAUAUUCUGAAACUGCGCGAACGAGCCAACAACGAAAUGUUGCCACCUCAGGCGAAGAAGGAAACCACCUUCCAAUAUAGUCCCGUUUUCGGUACGCAGCCAAAGAAAUCCAUCCUCAAAAAGACAAAUUCGUUUACAAUGAAGGGAUUUACCCCCCUGUCACCACAUAGUCCUGUCCAGACGCCUUACACGACGAUCACUGGAACGGAGAGUCGAAUACGAUCCGCCUUCGAUAUCAUUUUCCGCAAAUCAGCUACCCUACAAGAUGUCACACCGGAUCCGGAAAUCGGAUCCAUUGGCACACCAAGUAUGAUUAUCACAGAGGGAGUACCACUCACACCUGGAAUCUCCAAGAAAGUUCAACUGCCCCGAGAACGGGUCAUCGAUAUGUCGCACGAGGACCAAAAAGCGUGGGAGCUAGAAGAGAUGAGCAAACCGAUCGAUGUAGACCAUUUGCACAUCGAUCCGGCACCUUUCCAACUAGUCGAACGUACAUCGAUUCUGAAGGUUCAUUCGCUGUUUUCGAUGGUUGGUAUCAACCAUGCAUACGUGACGAAUGUCGGUCGGCUCGUCGGUGUUGUGGCAUUGAAAGAGCUUCGGGUGGCCAUCGAAAAUGUAAACAGCGGAACACUUACGCCGGAAUCGGUGAAACAAAAGCAGGAGGAUGAAGCUAGAGCCAUGGCUCACAGAGAGACAGGGCUUGACAGUCCAUCCUCGGAUGAUCCACUCCUGCCGAAGGGAGUCAACGAUGGUUACAGCGACAAAAAAGUAAAUAAUACCAUAACGUCUAUGGACUCAGCACUUUCCAAUUCGGAUAACUGUUCCGAUAUCGAACUAGACCACAUUAGGUUUACAAACGCUAAGAAUAGCUCUACUACUACCGGCCAAAACACAAACAGCAACAAUCACAACAACAACAACAGUAGCGGUGGCAGCAACAACAACUCACACAGUCACGGUGGCGUUCAACAAUAUUCAAAGAUUGAGAUAACUCGGGAUCGUGAUCGAUGAUAAUUUACGAGAAAUGAUGUGAUUCUAAUUUUAAACCCUAAUCUGUUAAGACCGACAAUGUGAAAUCACGUAAGGAAGCAAGAAAGGAAGAAAGCGCGGCAUAAAUAGUGCUCGGGAGUUGCUCUGAGCUAAAUGAAACAGGAAGGAUGACAAAGAUCCACAGGGUACUAUAAUCUGGUUUGUUUCUUCAUCAUUGUUGCUGCACUUGUUAUGUUAAAUUUUACCCAUCAACCAAGACCCACACGUUAGGAAAUUAUAUUAAAUGUGAAUGUUGAUAUAGUUUUAAGGUACACAGCUAUUAACAAAUUUUAGGAGAUUUCUCUUGUCCAAGACGAAUAUGAUUUAUGUAAAUAAAAGACACUGUGUUUUUUACCUCGGAGGCAUCUAACUACAGCUAUCAGUCGUGGUUUACUCACUCGGAACAGCUUGAAAGCUGGUUCCCAAACGCUACUUUAGCAAGAAAAGACAAUACUGUCCCAAAUAGCAGACCUUUCAGUAGAAAUGUUUCGCUUACUUAGCGCUAUAUAUACUGUGAAUAAUAAAACGAAUUAAAAAAA